CCCUCUGCUCAGUGUUUCUGAUUCACGAAGCUUAAUAAGAUGAUCUUAAAAAGCGACCAUUAGCUUGAUUAGGGAUUCCUUCAUUCUCUUCUCAGAAUGAAAUCCUCUUACAGAGUCAACAAACACGAUGCUGCAUUCAAGCUGGGUUUGGAGGAGGUAAUCGGAUUGACGACAAAAAACGGCAAUGGGUUAGCUUCAAGUGGCUUGAGUUCCAAAUGUGCUUAUUUGGCUGGUUCCGUAGUGGUUGUUUAUGAUGUGAACUUAGGUACUCAGUCACACCUAAUGGUGUCUUAUAGAUUGCCAAAGCCUUUGAGUUGUGUGGCUAUGUCACGAGAUGGGCACUUUGUUGCGGCUGGAGAGGCAGGAAGCCAGAGCUCAGUACUAAUAUGGGAUUCUUCUACUUCGUCCAUUGUCUCUGAACUGAAAGGUCAUCUAUAUGGAGUCGCAUGCAUCUGCUUCUCACCUAAUGGUAAACAUUUGGUAUCGGUUGGGGGGUAUAUUUACCUUUGGGAGUGGCGAAGUGGUGAGCUAGUAACAAAGGUUAAAGCAACUUCAGCCUGCUCUACUGUCUCAAAUGUCAGCUUCUCAUCGGAUGCAAAAUUAAUCAUAACUGCUGGAGAAAAGCACUUGAAAUUUUGGGUACUUGGAUCAUCUAGAAGUACACAAAUAAAUGGAACAAAGGGCAGGUCAGCAUCAAUAGUGAUACAUGAAAAGCCAACAAAUCUUGCUAUUCAUAAAGGAAGCUCUUGUAUAUAUAUUGCUUCUUCUGUGUGGAUAAAUAGCAGCUAUGAUAAUUGUAAACAAGCUGGUGAUUGCCUUCCAAUUUAUGCAUUGACCAAUUCAGGAAUUUUGUACCUUGUUCAUUCCAGUUUGUCGCUUAAGAAGUCAGUUACUUUGAAGGUCCAAAAAGCUUUUGCAUUAUCAACAUCCGGAAAGCUAGUUGCUUGUGCCUGCAACAAUGGAGCAGUCCAAUUAUUUACCCCCAUGUCUCUAGAAUACCUAGGCAACAUAUUAUAUUCAGAGGAAACAGCUAUUGAACAGGAUUUUCAAAAGCUGCUUGCUCUGCCUGAUGCUGUUGCAUGUCAGUUUUCAGGCUUAGAAAAGCUUGUGGUCAUUUAUGGAGAUCAUAGUCUCUACAUCUGGGACAUCCAUGAUGUGAAUCAGCCUGCCAGAUGUUUUGUGCUAGUUUCACAUUCCUCAUGCAUAUGGGAUAUCAAGAAUCUAUGCUGUGAAAACAUCCAUGAUCCGUCCCUAGCAUGCACUGCUCGAGGUUGCUUUGGGGGAGUUUCUUUUGCAACAUGCUCUGCUGAUGGUACAAUUAGGCUGUGGGAUCUCUCUUUGCAAUCUGAUUUAUCAAAAGAUGCUGAAGAGCGUGAUUCAUCGAAGAUGGAACUAUUGAGCUCUUCAUACCUAGUAAGUGCAGGAACUUUUGAACGGGAUGCAGUUAAGGCAAAUCUUUCAAAAUCAGGAUUUCGGUCACUCGCUGUUAGUUCAGAUGGAAAGCAUCUAGCUGCUGGUGAUUGCAGAGGAAAUCUCCAUAUAUAUAACCUCCAAACUUCAGAUUACACAUGUUUUCAGGGUGCUCAUGAUGCAGAGAUUCUUACAUUAAGCUUUAGCCAGGACAUGUCUGAUGACAUUGCAAAAAACAGCUACUUUCUUGCUUCUGGGGGACGAGAUUGCAUAAUCCAUCUGUAUGAUGUGGACAGAAACUUUGAUCUCAUUGGCAGCAUCGAUGAUCAUUCAGCUGCAGUGACAUCUGUGAAUAUUACCAGCAACAGUUGCAGGAUCCUCAGUUGUAGUGCGGAUAGUUUCCUAGUUCUCCAUGAUGUAGUGCAAGCAGAAAAUGGUCAUAACAUUUUACAGCAACAUCGUCAAAAGGCUUCAAAAUUUGGAACUGUUUAUGACAUGGCUGUGGAUUGGACAUGUGAGAAUGUUGUCACAGUUGGGCAGGAUAAGAAGAUAAAGAUUUUUAACACAGCUUCUCAGAAGCUAAUUCGGUCGUACACUCAUGACAAAACUUUUGGAGAACCUAUAAAGGUUAUAAUGGAUCCAAGCUGCACUUAUGUUGUGUGCUCGUUCUCUAACAAGUCCAUCUGCAUAUAUGACUUCAACACUGGAGAGAUAGUUGCAAAGGCCAUUGGGCAUGCUGAAAUUGUAACUGGUGUCAUCUUCUUGCCUGAUUGCAAGCGCAUAGUUUCAGUAGAUGGUGAUGGGUGUAUUUUUGUAUGGAAAUUGCCUGCCCCACUGUCUUCUAAGAUAUUGAGGAGAAUAAUGGAAAGAACUGAUCCAUUGGGUACAAGGAAUUUAGCUCAGCCUCUCUCUUUUGGUCAUAUAUGUAGUGCAGUGGAUUGUCAGAACUCCAAGGUCAAUCUUGAGGGUAUGCAGUCAUUAUGGAACAACACUCAAAGCUGGGAUGGAUUACUUUGCCCAAAGAGUUGUCAUAAAGAGGCUUCAUCUUUUAAAUUUAGCAUUUCUAGACUUCCAAGAUGGGCACAAUCAAAAGUGACCAGCCCCAACUCUGUCUUCAAGAAUCUUAACAAUACUUCAUUAGAGGCAGAUAGUACUUCAUCCCCAGAAGUUCAAAUGCCAUCUGAUGAUGAUUCUUCAUUGCCAAAGACUCUGAAAUCUCAAUGUUCUUCAACCCCUUACAGAAGUUUUAGCAAUAUUGCUUUGGACAACCAGUGGCGUGCUGUUUACACUGUUUGCAUGGACUCUCUUUCCUCCCCGGAAAUGCACAAUCUUAUGAACACAAAGUUUCAAGGGAUUCCCUUAAGUUUAAAACAGGAUAAGGCUGCAAUUAGGAAGGACCAGAAUUCAUUAGGUUUCAGUAGCCAUUGUGAAAAUGAAGAGUUGGGUGUUGUUUCAGAAGAGCAAGUUGACUUCAAUAAUAGUUGUAUUUCUUCUUUGUCUUCUGAAGAAAUUUCUGAUAUAAAAGCAGAGCAGCUCCAUUUAGAUGAAUCUGUAAGUGAGUCAAAACCAAUUCUUGAAGCUAACAUUGGCAGUUUGCAUUGUGAAGAAGACAGUGAUAUGUUUAAGCAACAUUUUGGCAGCUUAUCAAAUACACACAAGACAGAGUCAAGAAAUUCGGUAGUUAGAAGGUUUUCUACAAGGUAUGUUGUGCAGCAGGAUUACCCAGGAGAUUGCAAGAGAGUAUUUAUCAGUCCUGUCAGACAUAUAACUAAUAAAAGCAUGAACUCUGAGGAAAAAGCUGCAAAUUAUACCCUAUCCAAAAACAGAUCCUUGCAGGACAACGAAAUUGACGAAUUAAGAAAUUCUUCUAAGCAGGACCCCAAGAAUUCACCACAUAGUUUAUUAGAUUUAAUAUAUGAAUUAGACAAAUGCCCUCCUGAGGAAAGUUCAACUGAUAAUAAGGUGCAAGAAGGAAGCAAUGAGACACAAGGUGUUUUUGAAGGGAAUGAAGUAGCAGAGACCAUAUCUGCAUGCAAAGAAGCAUUUGGUAGCUUGGAUGCUGCAGCCGAGAGUGUGGUGCAAUUGUUGUCGAAAUUAGAAAAAUGCGACGGAGGCGAAGCUUCCGGGGGAGCUGGGGCUCAAUUUUUGAAUGAGGCAUCUCAGCUACUUCCACUCAUUAUUGAGAAAGUCAAUGCAGUUUCUAAAUUGGUGGAAUGCAGGAAGCAUGGUAAGCAAGGAAAUAGACUAGGUGUUCCAGAAUUGGAUCAAUUGUUUGCAAGUUAGCUCAAGCUAUAGGUAAUAAAUAGUAUAUCUGAUAAAAAGUGUUGGAAUGCUAAAGAAACAUAGCAGCAUCCAUUAAAUAUGGUUAAUUUAGUUUCACCUACAGAAUAGAAUGCUCCUUUUACUUGCAUGUUCAACAAUCAACAUUAUGCCCCAAGUAGAUAUGCUAAUUA